AUGAAUAAUUCGGGUGCACAUCGCACCGAUUUUUCCCGCGGAUUUGUGCAGCAGGUCCGACCUGGCGUCUGUUGGUAUGGUAAUGACGCUGACGCGAUGUCCAAUAAGCAGGCCAUGCGGCAACUUGGUAUCUGUCUUGUGGUAGACUGCUCGAUGCUGCCAGUUAUACCAUAUGCAAGCGGUGAUGUUCCCAGUCGGACGUGCAGACAGCGCGCGGGAAGGGAAAGCUUCGUGACUCGCCUGAACAAUCACCUGGAUAUGGCAUAGAGCUGCACCCGUGUUCCGUUCGCUCUUACGUUUGGGAAAAGUAUUAGGCGUACGUAACAACGCAUGCUGUAGAUUCCCGGUCACGUUGUACGGGGGGGGCUGCAUUUCUUAUCGGGGUGAAGUCGGGAAGGUGAGACUGGCUGUUCGGCGAGGGAGGCCAACCUGUCCCGCAGCCGAUAGCGUGCCAGACUCUGUGGACCUCCACGCGAGGCCACCCUAUUGUUGAAGUCGAUUACCGGCUCCCGAUGUGGGGUAGACGUGAUGGGGAACAAAGCUCGGCAGUGCCGCAGCGACUCGUUCCCGUUGUACGGCGCCGGUAAGGGAAGAGAGACUCUUUAGCCAACAGAACGUACGGAACAGCACAGGCCUGCAGAGCGUGGGGCACCAUUGCGGGAACCACCAGUGGAAGAACCAUGGGCCAGCUUCUGUACAUUCUCUUUUCUACUGUGUGCCUUCAGGCGGUCGCCAUGGCGAGACCGCGUGUAGAUCUACCACCCGUCUUCGGAAACGUGAGUCACACGAGGCAGAAGACGGCUGGAGAUCGGGCAGAGGGCCUGAUGGGGAAGAUUAGGGGCCGGGCCGACCGGGCUGCCUUCCCAGGAGCCAACAGCACCAUGCACAAAUCUCCAGCGUUGAGCCCCACGUGGCUGCGGAACAAGGUGGUAGUCAUCGUGAUCGUCGAGGAACCCCCGUUCAUCAUCAAGAGGGGAGAAGAUGGAAAGGAGGAGUUUGAAGGGUUCUGCAUCGACCUGAUUACAGAGCUAGCUAAGGAAGUAGACUUUGAGUUCCAUUUAUACACGGUGGCUGACGGGAAAUACGGCAAUCAAGAUGCCGACGGCAACUGGAACGGACUGGUCAAGGAUCUCAUGGAGAACAAAGCAGACUUAGCGCUCGCUCCUCUGACAAUCAGCUCCGACAGGGAGAGGGCCAUAGACUUCACCAAGCCGUUCAUGGAGUAUGGAACCGGUCUCCUGAUCAAGAAGCCCCCAUCAGAGGGACGAUACCUCUUUGCCUUCCUCAUGCCUUUCCAGAUCGUGGUGUGGAUCUGUAUCCUGGUGGCGCUCGUUUGCGUGGGAUUCAUGCUAUACGUAACUAGCAGGAUAAGGUACAUGCUGAGGGUGGGAGAACCAUUUGACAAUGAUCGCGCAUUUACAUUGCGGAAUAGCAUCUGGUUCGCCUAUUGGUCACUGGUCAAACGAGAAUCUGUCAAUGGGGAAUCAAAAGAUGGCGGCCAGCCAAGGGUAGUGGAGAUGGGCAUGAAAGAUGCCAAUCAGCCGGUCCAUCCUGCACCCCAAGGGCCGCCCCCCUCCCCUCCCUGCAGGCCCGGGUGUGGGAGUAGUAAGGAACCCCGUUGGGACAGCGACAAGGCCUUCACGCUGUCCAACAGUAUCUGGUUCACGUUCAGUGCGCUGGUGCGAAAAGGUGGCGAGCCUGCCCCGAGGUCGCUCCCCAUCCGGAUCUUGGCGGGUUUCUGGUGGCUGUUUGCCCUGAUCGUGGUCUCCACGUACACCGCAAAUCUCACGGCCUUCCUCACGGUCAAACGGCUCAGCUCCCCGAUCGCCUCCUUGGAAGACCUGGCCAAACAAACUGAAAUAGCCUACGGACUGGAAAAAGACGUGUUUCUGUAUAAUUUCUUUAAAGAACAGGACGGCACCGGUAGUGUGUUCGAGCGCAUGUGGCACAGUAUGAGCGCCGACCCCAACAACUUCGCGACUAGCCUAACGGAGGGGAUAGAGAAGGUUCGCGAUGGGAACUAUGUGUUCAUGGACGACGAGCCGAUCCUGGAGUACCUGGUGGCUAACGACGAGAACUGUGAGCUGAUGUUAGUGGGGAAGCCCUUCCUGUACCGUGGGUACGGGAUAGCCACACAGCGAGACGGACAUUUGUUAGACAAGCUCUCUGUUCAGAUUCUAAAAAUGCAGGAGUCCGGGAGGAUCGGGAUGCUGAGGGACAGGUGGUGGCCUAAGGAGGGCUGCGUCAGCGACCAUUCCCCUGCAGCUAAAGACGCCGUGGCGCUGGGGAUAGACAACGUCCUGGGGGUGUUCUACGUCCUCCUGGGCGGGGCGGGACUAUCCUUCAUCACCGCGGCGGCUGAAAUCAUCUAUCACCGCUGCUGCAGACCCAAACUUCCCAAGGAAAAACAGGAGGAGGAACCUGCCAACAGGAUGCCUCAGACUGUGUCGGAGGAUACUGAGGAGAUACGAGUCACACACGAGAUGCUGAAAUUCCUCAGAUGUAUAGAAAACGGGUCCUUAAAAAUCGUGGCGCGGAACAAUCAGGACGGCUUUGCGCUGCAGCAGCCGAACUGUGUCCUGUCGGACACCAAACUGUGAGGGCCACCAUCAUCACAACAAAGUGCCAAUCAACUCUCCGUGGACCGACACCCAACGUUACUCACCGUUGCGUUGAACUCUGCACCGAUAACAACACUUCUUCAGGGCAUAUGAUAGGAUGUUAGACGGACCAAUGAUUUCUCUGUAGAUAUAUGACGUACGUUCAUGUUUCAUCAUUGUACUAUUAUAAGUACCGCUGCAGUUGCUCCAACUAUUGGCGCAUGUGGAACGCAGCUCUUUUAGAAGCUUGUACCCUAGAAAGGAGGCUACGCUCAAAGCGCUCCCUGUCGAGUUCAUGUGGAAUUGCGCUAACUUUGCAGUGCAUUUUGCCUGAUUUCAAUUAGAUAAGGUCUAUGUAGCUGGGGUUGUAGGUAACCCAGAAAAACUAGGAGAUGCCUCGUAGUAGCACGAGAGAGUGGGCUUUCACCUGAAAACAGUUGGUAAAUUGUGUUUCUUUUUUUAAUUAGGGAGGGACUACAAAAGUUUGUGGGUAGUGGUCAGCAUGUUUUGAAUUGUACAUCUAUACCAAAUCCCUUCCCGUACUGUCCUUCAGCUGUUUCAGUACACGAUACCUAAAGUAAAAACGAGGUUUCUGAAAUUCUGGUGUAAAGUAGAUCUACAUGUAUAUGUAUAUGUAUUAAGUUUCUGGCGAUCUCGUCAACCCUCGUGCUUCUGCGUGCCAACGACUUUCGUGAUGAUUUUGUCGCCCUUUGAUGUGAAGUUCGAUGGAAGUGAUGAUACUAUUACGCUUGCAUGAAAUGCGAAAGAAACGACCCCUAGGGACUGACUCACGUAUGGAUCCUAACCGACCUCGUGUAAUAAAGACUUUACAGGGAGUUAGAAUAAAAGUGGGGAACUUUUCAUAAAUUCUACGCAGGUGAACCAAGUCAUCCACUGGACUGUAUCUAAAUUUUAGAACGAUGACUCGAGUAUGUGACAAUGAUGAUGGCAGAGAUACUGACGAAGUUUAGCCGUUUUAUUUGUAAUCUAAAAGGACGAUAUCGAGGACAUGUGAGCACCAUCUCGUAAUGUAUUACACAAAUCAACCUAGAAGCUGCGAUGUCGGUAAGAAAUGGCCACAACAUCAUCUAAUUCAACAUCCUUGGUCCCCCAUAUUCACAAAAUAUGCAUACUCUACCAGUGAAUACGUAAUUUGAUAUCAAACGUCUCCCGGUACGUUACGGAGGGUAGUGGUGUAUGGAACCUGCAUGGAAAGAUCAAGAUUUAGAAAGAAAUUAUAACUGUUUCGUGCACCAGUUAGACAUAUACUAAUGAUAUAGACACAGUAUAUCCGACCAGUUUCUCUGUUGCUUUAGAUUUUUAUAUCAUAUCGAUAUCAAUAUUGUAGGUGUGACUUAUCAUUGCACAAAUUCUAGAGAAACUUGUGCUAGUUUGUUUGCGGAGUACGAGUUGUUGCAUGUGACAUGUGAUCAAACAUCUGACCAUACAUGGCAUAGACUCUAAAUGUUGACGUCAUAUAUCUCAAUGUUUCUUUUAUGUGAUUGAUUUUGAAAAAAAAUGUGGUUGACACAUUCAUUUGCAUCAAAUGAGGGGGUGCGCUGGCAUCUAAUACAGCACGGGGUAGGGGUGGGGGUGAUUAAGGGGUAGGGGGUAAAGACAAUUCCUGUGAUUGUUCCUACGAUUGUUGGGAAAGAAGAGAGACUUUCUAAGCAAAUGUGUUUAGACUGACUUAUAUGUCGAAGCUUCACACAAGCAUAUUGCUCACCUUGAAGAUAUAGAGGAGAAAUACUGUGCUUCAAUAUCUCCACCCAAGCUGGUACCUCUUUGUUUGCAUGUAGCAGAAGAAGGUGUUAAUGGUGUUUGAAUUAACUGUUAGAUGACUGAUAUACAAGUGUACAUACAGAACAACAGUAGGUCGUAGGUUUUACACGUUUCUCAACACGUUAUUAGGAACUUGUGACUGGAACCUUCUGGAAAGCCUCCGCCGCCGCUAAUUUCCGCCACGUAAACAGCCGGUGCCAUUUGUAACGGUCGAUGUCAUGAACCCGAACGGCACACUUUUGAUAUAGUAUAGAGGGUUAUAGGUUGGGGAUUAACAUUUCUUCCCAGGUUCGUGUUCUAGCUGUUAGACGUUAUCUUUUCAUUUUUUUUACCAUUUCACGAUACUGCCGUACAUUUCUAAUUUUUACUUUACACCACUGUUUGUCUUUUCUCACACCCCCACCACAAAAACAUUACUGAUACGCCCGGAUGUGCCAUUGGCCGGUCAGCGAAAUGCCAUCGACCGUUUCAAAUGGCAACGGCCGUUUCCGCGACAGAAACGCGCGCCGCCCGCCGCUGUAAGCUUCAGCACACCUCUUUGUUGCGAAGCUACAUGCGAGUUUACUGACACACGACAUUAUGAGUUCGAGCUCGCUAUAAUUCUAUAAAGCUUAGGCGAAAACUUGAAUAAAAGAUAAACAAAA